UCGACUACGAACGACAACAGAUUCCAAGCUCGCUCUCGAUACUGCCACCGCGCCAGUCACCGCUUAGACCUAGACGACUCGACAGCCAUCGAGCUGACUGGCAUGUCACCUUUGACAUCUUCUAGUCGAUGUCUACGUGUUGCAGGUUAUCAAAUUUCGACUAGAGCCACGCAGCCGCUAGUUGGAGACACCUACUAG